CCCAGGGCGACGCGUGGCGUAGAAAACGUCGGGCCGCGCUUGUCAAUCCUCCGCCCCCCGCCUCCCGGGGCUUGUUGCCGAGGAGGAGCCGGCGCCAUGGCGGUUCUGCUGGAGACCACUUUGGGCGACGUCGUCAUAGACUUGUACACGGAGGAGCGGCCGCGUGCCUGCUUGAAUUUCCUGAAAUUGUGCAAAAUAAAAUAUUACAAUUAUUGCCUUAUUCACAAUGUACAGAGGGAUUUUAUCAUACAAACUGGUGAUCCUACUGGGACUGGUCGAGGAGGAGAGUCUAUUUUUGGUCAGCUGUACGGUGAUCAAGCAAGCUUUUUUGAGGCAGAAAAAGUGCCAAGAAUUAAGCACAAGAAGAAAGGCACUGUGUCCAUGGUGAACAAUGGCAGUGAUCAGCAUGGAUCUCAGUUUCUUAUUACUACAGGAGAAAAUCUAGAUUACCUUGAUGGUGUUCAUACAGUAUUUGGUGAAGUGACAGAAGGCAUGGACAUAGUUAAGAAAAUUAAUGAGACUUUUGUUGACAAGGAUUUUGUACCAUAUCAGGAUAUCAGGAUAAAUCACACAGUGAUUUUAGAUGAUCCGUUUGAUGACCCUCCUGAUUUAAUAAUUCCUGAUCGAUCACCAGAACCCACAAAGGAACAGUUAGAUAGUGGUCGAAUAGGAGCAGACGAAGAAAUUGAUGAUUUCAAAGGAAGAUCAGCUGAAGAAGUAGAAGAAAUAAAGGCAGAAAAAGAGGCCAAAACUCAAGCUAUUCUUUUAGAGAUGGUAGGAGAUCUACCUGAUGCAGAUAUUAAACCUCCAGAAAAUGUGCUGUUUGUAUGUAAAUUGAAUCCAGUGACCACAGAUGAGGAUCUGGAAAUAAUAUUCUCAAGAUUUGGGCCAAUAAGAAGUUGUGAAGUUAUUCGGGAUUGGAAGACAGGAGAGUCCCUCUGCUAUGCUUUUAUUGAAUUUGAAAAGGAAGAAGAUUGUGAGAAAGCAUUCUUCAAAAUGGAUAAUGUACUUAUCGAUGACAGAAGAAUACAUGUGGAUUUUAGCCAGUCUGUUGCAAAGGUUAAAUGGAAAGGAAAAGGUGGGAAAUACACCAAGAGUGAUUUCAAAGAAUAUGAAAAGGAACAGGAUAAACCUUCGAAUUUGGUCCUGAAAGAUAAAGUAAAACCCAAACAGGAUGCAAAAUAUGAUCUUAUACUAGAUGAGCAGGCAGAAGACUCAAAAUCAAGUCACUCACACACAAGUAAAAAACACAAGAAGAAAACCCGGCACUGCUCUGAAGAGAAGGAAGAUGAGGACUACAUGCCAAUCAGAAAUACUAACCAGGAUAUAUACAGGGAAAUGGGGUUUGGUCAUUAUGAAGAGGAUGAAAGCUGUUGGGAGAAACAAAAGAGUGAAAAGAGAGAUCGACCUCAGAACCGAAGUCGCAGCCGAUCUCGUGAGAGGGAUGGCCAUUACAGUAACAGUCAUAAGCCCAAAUACCAAACAGAUCCUUAUGAAAGAGAAAGGAGUAAAAAGAGGGACCGAAGCAGAAGUCCAAAGAAGUCCAAAGACAAAGAAAAAUCUAAGUACAGAUGAAAGAUGAAGAAUCAGAAAUGAGUGGCUGAUGUGCUUCUUGACUUAAACAGAUGUUCAGAUGUUGUAUCAAAGCAGUUAAAGACUGUGUGUUCGUUUUCAUUCUAGGAUAUGGCCCUUUUAGAUUAAUACUGAUGGCAUAGGGCACUGAGAGAUAAAAAAAUUGAACAUUUCCUGUGCAUUCUUUUUUUUAACACUUAAUUUUAUUGUUAUACAGAAAUGGCAUAAUUCAUUUUUGUCUUUCACAGUUUUACUCUUUUUUAAAAUGAAGUCUUUCAUAUUAUAAAAAUGCAUAAACAUGUAUAUAUAAGGUAUAAGGAAUAAUAAAUAUAAGUAGCUGUAUACCCCUCAGCUAGCAUAAGAAAUAGACCAUUGCUUACAUUUAACAUAUAUGCCCUGUCCCUCUCAAGUAAUUAUUAUUCUGAGUUUUGCAUUUGUCAUUCUCUUGGUUCUUGGUGUAGUUUUACAACAUAUGUAUGUAUCCCUAAAUGAAAUGUUAAUUUUGUAUGUUUUUGAAUUUUAUAUAAAUGUCUUAAUUAUGUUUA